AAAUAUUCAGCAGACCUUCUUUAAACUUCUUGGCAGUGGCAUAAAGAGUGAUAGAGCUGGCAUUGACACAGAAAAGUGUUGCAGUCAUUGACUUUUCAGCCAGUAAUGAGCCCUGUCUAGAUUUACAGGGUCAUAUAAAUGGACCCAAAGAGCUAGCAGUGUUGAAAGAUUUCUUUUUUUUUUACUGAAAGACCUUGUAAUGUGUCCAGCCAGUCAAAAGCCAAAGAAGUAUUAUCCUGAAUCAAUCAAAAAUAUGAUCAUGGCAUUGUAUUUGGUCCUCAUUGCUCCGUAAAGACCCUGGGCUCCAUUAAAGCGUCAGCUCCCUGUCUCCUGAGGUAGUCAAACGCAGGCAGAGAGCCGUAAACGUCAGCCCGGGUCCUGAGCGUCUGUCUCGCUGCGGAACUGUGUGGUGGUCACUGACAAACAAUUAGCAGAUUGACUUCCGUAUGUCUGAGCCUGGGCUAUACUUCCGUAUCGCUUCGAGCGUCUUUUAUCAGACGAUCCGUCGCUUUAGGGGAAAAGACAUUUGUCACAAUGCGCGCGAUUCCCGAGGAGUUAACUACGCUCAUCGCAGUGCGCAGGGAGCGAGUGGACAUCGCCCCUCUGUUUGGGUUUCAUUCAGAGACGGUGCUCCCACCUGCUGCAGGAGGAGAAUCACGGAGCAAUUUGGAGUGUUUCCUCAGUGAUGGGCUGAAAGGAGAAACUUUAAGCAAAAAGGCAAAAGAAAAGAGGGAAACCUUCAUCAAACGUAUCAAAGAUGUCAAACUAAGCUUCCCACAAGAAUUUAAAGACAAAAAUGGAGAGGACUCUGAUGACUCAGAGGAAGUUGACAGCAACAAUGAUGGAGGGUCACUGCAGUCAGAGCGCACAGACAAGGAUGAGGACGCCUACGAAGGUGCUCAGCAGUCCCCACCUGUGGCGUUCCAGGACCUCACUUCUGUCUUUAAAGCAGGAUAUCUUGAGAAACGUAGAAAGGAUCACAGCUUCUUUGGAAAUGAGUGGCAGAAAAGAUGGUGUGCUCUGAGCCAGCACAUCUUUUAUUACUAUGGCAACGAGAAAGACAAGCAGCAGAAGGGGGAGUUUAGUAUUGAAGGGUACACCGUCAAAAUGAACAACACCUUGCGGAAAGACUCAAAAAAAGACUGGUGCUUUGAAAUUUCAGCCCCUGACAAGCGCCUCUAUCAGUUCUGUGCGUCAUCAGCGAAAGAGGCGGAGGAAUGGGUGAAACAGAUAGACUUUGUUUUGAGAGAUAUGACUGGCAUCAUCCCAGAAGAAGAUGAAGACGACCAGGAAAUGUAUGAUGAUGUCGGUUGUCUGGGUGAAGAUAUUUAUGAAGAACUUCCAGAGGAAGACCUGCCCACUCCGGCAAAGCCUCCUCCAAGUGUCCCACCAAGCAAACCGGCUCCUCCUGCUACAGUCGAUAAAAGCACAGACUACCAAAACUACUACCAGGGCUUAUGGGACUGUACAGGGGACCGUCCGGAUGAGCUGUCCUUCAAAAGGGGAGACGCUAUCUACAUCCUCAGCAAGGAAUACAACAGCUUUGGCUGGUGGGUCGGAGAGAAGAAUGGAGCUAUUGGUAUUGUUCCCAAAAACUAUCUGUUGGAGCUUUAUGUUCUGUAAAUUACGCCAAUGUGAGUUGUUAGACUUCAUGACAGUUCUGCUUGUUCCACUUGCUCACUGUUCAUCACAAUGCAUCGCUGGAAUAAAUGCAAUUUUUGUUAUGCAUCCGUGCUAUCCAUUGUAAGAUAUUGGUGAUGAAGACUAAAGAAUUUAAUUAGACUAAUAUAUUUGAGUAUUUUUCUAGCACUUUGCCACACUUGUUUGUGCCACAUAUCUGUAACAGUUAUUUUCUACACCAUUUUCAUGUGAGGCUGUUGGCCAUUUUGAUUAUUUCAGGUGACCCGGUCAAUAAAAAGUUCAA